GAGAUAAGGAGAAACCCAAUCGGAAUUCGAUCCAACACGAACGAUCGGAAGAGAGAGGCGACGAAGAGCGGCGCACGGAGAGCGAGAGCGCGGGAGCGAAAUCUAACCCUAAACAGGCGAAUCGGAACCGAUUCUUCUUCUUUUUCUUCUUCCUCGUCCUCGAUCGAUCUCCGCUGCGGCGGGGGCGUCGGCACCGGCGAAGAUGAAGACGACCAAGGGAGGGAAGGUGAUGAACCCCACCGACGCCUAUCGGAAGGAGCUCCGCAAGAAGGAGCUUAAAAGGAACAAGAAAGAAAGAAAGAAGGUGAGAGAGGUGGGGAUCUUAAAGAAGGAUCCUGAAGCCAUCAGGGAGCAGAUUGAGAAAUUGGAAAAGAUGAAGGCAGAAGGUGCUCUUGACAAGGCAAGGAAGCACAAGAAGAGGCAACUUGAAGACACUUUAAACCUAAUUUUGAAGAAAAGGAAGGAAUAUGAGGAGAAGAUGCGUGAAAAAGGUGAGGCACCAGUCAUGUUCAGCCACCUGGGCCCCCCUCGGAGACGGUCUACUGCAGAUGAAGAUGAAAGAGUGAAGCAUCCUAAGCCAGAGGAUUCAGUUUACUAUCAUCCUACUCUAAACCCAACAGGAGCACCACCACCUGGAAAACCUCCCAUGUACAAAUCAUCUAUAGGGCCAAGGAUCCCAUUACCUCCUCCCUCAAGUGCUGGAGCAUCAUCUUCAAAUUCAGAGUUAGAAGAGGGAGGACCGUCAGUGCCACCACCCCCUCCACCACCACCACCACCUCCCCUGCUAGCCACCAGUGAACUCGCUUCUAGUGAUGAUUCUUCUGCUCCUCUAUCUAUACCUUUACCUCCUCCACCGCCUGCCCCACCUAAGCCCGCUGCAGAUUCACAAGUAUCAAUGCUGCCACCACCGCCUCCACCGCCUCCCGGUCCUCCACCCAAAGAACAAGUUGCAUCUCGUAUGGUGCUACCACCUCCUCCACCUCCACCGCUUCAGCGGCCUUCACAUUUGCCUCCACCGGGCACAUUUGUGAAGGUUGUUGAUAAUAGCAAAAGUGCAGCCUCAGAGGGGCUUAAUGUGAAAGAUUCUGGUCAGGGUUCGGCUAUGCUCCCUCCACCUCCGCCACCCCCUGGAUUGCCACCAACACCAACAAGCAUCCAGUCUGAUUCAACAUUAUCUGAAACAGAUCCAAACUAUGCUUUAGUGAGUGACAAAGCUAAAACAGCGCUGCCUCCACCGCCACCACCUCCAAUCUCUAACAGACCACCCUUGGUCCACGCUGUACCACCUGGAAUUCCACAGUUCCCCCCUCCACCACCGCCAUUGAUGGUUGCUGGAGUUCCAAAUAGACCUCUGCCACCGCCGCCUCCACUUCCUCCUGGAGUAGCUCUGCCACAAAUCCCCAGGCCACUUUUUGCUGGGCCCCCUGGGCCUCCUCCGGGUCCACCACCACUUGUUGGGCCACCAAUCAUGUUUGGACUUCCUGGACCUCAAGAUGAUGAUUUCACGGCCUUCAGGCCACCUGUACCUCAAAAGCCAUCAUAUGUGAAGUCAGCUGCAGCGACGGUCGUGAAAAGGCCAUUAGCUCAGCAUACACCGGAACUAACAGCAAUGGUUCCUGCGUCGGUGCGCGUGAAGAGAGAGACAGCUGUUGCAAAGCUGAAGCCAAAGCCGCAAUCCUCUGCCCCGAAGCCGUCGGCCCUCAGUGCGAUUGGGAAAUCAGAGAUGGCAGCCACAUCGUCGGCGCCCAAGGGGCAGAGUAUCGACGACUCGUACAUGGCCUUCUUGGAGGACAUGAAGGCGCUGGGCGCACUUGACGAAUAAAAAAGACGCGGCGAAAACAUGGCAUCUUGCAAAGUAACAAAACCCUGGUUCAGGAAUUGGAAUAUAGGGGGCCAGCAGUGAUAGUGAACGUGAACUGUGAACUGGAUUACGUCUCUCUGAUGAAAUUAAUUUCCAUCUGCAUUUUACCAAUUUUGCCCCGGUGUGUAACGUUCAUUUGUGAUCCGACUUUAGGGGCAUCUGAACAUUGUAUGAUUUUUCUUCCUGGUGGCCCUAAUUAACAGGGGGAGUGGAAAAAGAUGUAUAUGAUGCUUGAAACUGGUAGCUGCG